AUGAAUGAAAAAACAAUCUAUCAACAACAGCAACAACAACAGCAAUUAAGUGAUAGUAAUAACAUUUUAGAAAGUAAAUUUAGUAAUAAUCAUUUCAAACCAAGAGUAUAUGAUGAUUUAUAUGAUGAUACAACAACUGGCUCAAUAACAACUACAACAGCAUCAUCAUCAUCCUCAUCAUCAACAGAAGUUAAACAACAACAACAACAAAAUAUAAAAUUAAAGAAAAAAAAGAAUAAUUUCAAAAAGAAAAAAGAUAAUAAAAAUGUAACAAUAGUUAAUAAUACUAGUAGUAUUAGUAAUAGUAGUAGUAAUAAUAAUAAUAAUAGUAAAAAUAAAAAUAAUAAAAACAAUAAUAAUAAUAAUAAUUUAAAGAAAAAGAAUAUAAUUAAACAUUAUGCUACAUAUAAAUUGUUUAGUCCUUUUCAUAGGAUGUUAAGUUUGAAUGUUUUGCCAAGUUUGGAUGAAUUGCAAACAGAGUUUUAUCAUUUGUUGGAGAUGGAGGGUUGUCAAUCACUGCAAACAGAGAUAAAGACGUUCAUAAGGCAGCCCAAUUACAAGGAGAAAUCAGCGGAUCAGAUGCUACAGCCAUUGCAACACUUUCAUACCUCUGCUGAUUUGGAUCAACUUGCAUUCAGAGACGAUCGCAACCGUAUUGAAACUAUAGUACGAAAGAUCUGCGGAUUCCUCAAGAAAGAGACAAACAUGGUAUUGGUGGAAUUGAUUCUAAUGUCUAUCGGUAUAUCAAAGUCUAUAGAAAUUCUAAAGUUGGCAUUGGACAUUGAAAAUAGAGGUGGAAUCUUUAUUAAAGUUAAAAUUGAUGAAAAUAAUAUAGAUAUCAAUAAUAACAUUAAUAAUCAAAAUAAUGAUACUUUAAUGACAGAUAUAAAUAAUAGCAAUAAUAAUAAUAAUUUAGUUGUUACAAGAAGAAAAACAAUUGGUGGAAUCUUUUUUAAAUUGGCAAUGAUGGCAAUUCCAGAGGACAUGAAGAGAAAAGUGUUUUCUCUCACUGUUUUACAACGUUACAAGAGAGAAAGAGGUUCAAAAGGAAAAGGAACAUUCACAGAGAUCACAAACUUUAUUCAACUACCUUCAAUCGAUUCCAUCAUGAACAAUCAAUCGGAAAUCAAUGAUCUAGAUGAUGAAUUCGAUAAAUUAUUAAAUUUAAAAGAAUGA